UCAAAUGGAAACGCCACGCCACAUCGCAAAGUCGGAGGAGACGCGCUGUCGCCUCGGCUGGCUGCUCGUCAUAUCGCUGCUUCAUUGCCUUCAGGUCGGCUCCUCGUUGGAGCUGGUGGAGUGGCCCACGGCCAUGCCGGAUCUGGGGAUAGAUGACUGCCACGAUGAGUUCACGGUGGCCUGUGCCAAUGCCUCUUCGGUGUACUCCGCCAGCCUGCAACUCUGCGAACUGCAUGCCAACGAGACCAUAGUCAACUUGGAGGUGGACGUGGAGCUGGAAAGAACGCAAAUCGAACUGGGAUCGAGUGCAGUCUGCGAGAAUUUGCAGGUCUGUGAAGUCUUGGAGGAUAAUCUGGAGUACUUGAAGUGCAUCAGCGAGAAUAGUAAUCGCAACCUAGAAAUAUUGAACGAAAUAAAUUAUAAUGCCACCCAUGCUUAUACGCGAAUGCGUGAGGAUUAUGAUGCCUUGCAUCGCACCUUCUUACUGUGCGGCCUGGAAGCCCAAAAGGAUUACAUGGAGGACCUUAGGGAGGCACACAGGGAGCUCACCCAGUGUCGAUUGGAAGUCGAUGAGCUAAUGGAGUAGAUAAAGCUGCUCUGUUAUCAUGUAAGCAGGAAGUAUAGGGGAAUAAACACUAUUUUUAUAAAGCAAGAAUUCUACGAAUUUAGAUAAGACGCCGUUAUAGUUUUAAGACUUGAAUUGAUAUCUCUCUCAAUAAAUGUAAUCUAACUAAUGAUA